AUGAGGAGGAGGAGAUCCACCAACUGCAGGUGGAAUGAGACCAGCAGGAAUGGUGAGGCCGUAAGUCGGGGUUCCAGUGCACCGGGUGUGGGGGCAAUCAUUCUCACUCAGAGUGCCAAUUCCUUGAUGCCAUAUUUCGGCACUGUGACAAACGGGGACACAUCACCAAGGUGUGCCAGAAUAGGAGGAACCACAGCCCCCGGCGACGAGAUGGCAGCCCCCGGUGAUGAGACGGCAGCCCCCGGUGACGAGACGGCACCCCCCCCAGGACCAGAGACUGACACGCUGAGAGCCAGUGGAGCCAGGACGGGAGAAACAAGCAGUUCGGUGAGUCCCGGCACAAAGAAGAGACCCAUCAGACAGUCAUCAUCGGGCACUCAACUACCCUCGACACCCAGAAAAUGCAUGUGGAGGACGCUGUCCAAGCCGGAGAGAAACUACAGCCAGCUGGACAAGGAGGCCCUAGCAGUAAUCACCGGCGUGAAGCGUUUCCACGAAUACCUAUAUGGUAGGACCUUUUCAAUUAUUACCAACCACAAACUGCUGCUAGGGAUACUGGCAGGGAACAAGGCCACCCCUAACGUACUGUCGCCAAGGAUGACAAGGUGGUCCGAGUUCCUUGCCACCUACAGCUACCAACUGACACACCGACCCGGGAAGAACAUCACGCAUGCAGAUGCAUUGAGCUGCUCCCCCCUGCCUGACCUGGAGGAUGACCCGGCACUCACAACAUCAACACUGCACAUAGAGACACUACUCAAUCCACCCAUGACCACAUCAGACAUUGCCCGAGAAACUAAUAAAGACAAAUGUCUGGCGCGAGUCUUGAAUUGGGUGGAAAAAGGGUGGCCAGAAACCGACGGCGGCGAGCAGUUUAAAACCUUUCAAAACCGGCAGACUGAACUGUUCACGCAAAAGGGUUGCAUACUUUGGGGGGACAGGGUUGUGAUCCCUGAAACUUUACAAAAAAGGAAAAUCCGAGUAAAGGUCACCAUUGAAAACAAACCAUGCAUCAUGGAAGUCGACUCUGGGUCAUCACUAUCCAUGGUAUCCUGGAAAACACUCAAGCAGCUGAUUCCCAACAUCCGACGCCAAGACCUCAGCAGUCAGAGACUCAUACUGAAAGACUAUCAAGGCAACCGGAUCCCAGUCGCAGGUACCCGCCAUUUCCAGGUCUCUUUCAAGGGGCAUAAUGCAAUUCUACCACUCACCAUCGUAGACAGAGACCGCCCAAGUCUACUGGGCCUUCAGUGGUUCGCGCCAUUAGGAAUCAGAAUGGCUGGCAUCCAUCAUACUGAAGACGAUGACUGGGAGGCAGCCCUUGUCCACGACUUCCGAGAAGUGUUCAACGAAAGCCUAGGCAAGUACAAGGGGUCCCCUAUUUCAUUUAAUCUUCGCCCCGACAUUGCACCUAUUCGCCUAAAGCCACACCGAGUUCCCUUUGCUCUCAAAUCCAAAAUUGAUGAGCAACUGGACAAAUUAAUUGCACAGGGCGUGUUAGAACCCAUUGACCACGCCCGAUGGGAGACACCAAUUGUCACCCCCAUAAAGCCUGACGGGUCCAUAAGAAUCUGUGGUGACUACAAGGCCACCCUCAAUCACGCGCUACAGCAGAGCGCCUACCCAGUACCAGUUGUUCAACAUCUCCUGCAUUCACUUGGGGGUGGCAAAAUAUUCACAAAAUUAGAUCUGGCCCAAGCGUAUCAACAGCUGCCAGUUGAUCCCGAGACUGCAGAAGCCCAAACUAUAGUCACACAUCGUGGUGCAUUCAAAUGCAACAGACUCCAGUUUGGCGUAAGCGUAGCCCCAGGCAUCUUUCAAAGCCUGAUGGAGAGACUAUUACAAGGUAUAAAAGGGGUCAUGCCCUAUUUUGAUGAUGUAUUAAUAGCAGCACCCACAAAAAGUCAAUUAGAGAAACGCCUCAGAACAGUCCUACAGAGAUUCAAAGAUGCUGGCCUCAGGGUUAAGAAGGAAAAGUGCCAGCUUUGCACAGAAAGGGUGGAGUUUCUUGGCUACCUCCUUGACAAACAAGGAAUCCACCCUACAGAAAAGAAAUUGGCAGCUAUCAAAAAUGCCCCAAGACCCAAAAACAAAACUGACCUCCAAGCCUUCCUGGGACUUAUUAACUUUUAUAACAUCUUCCUACCCCAGAAGGCGACUGUUGCUGAGCCCCUUCAUAGACUACUCGAUAAAAGGGCCUCCUGGAUUUGGGGACGUCAGGAGGAACACGCCUUCCAGCAAGUAAAAGACCUCCUUACCUCUAAAGCAGUACUAAUUCAAUAUAAUGAGACACUUCCUUUGACUGUUACUUGUGAUGCCUCGCCAUUUGGGGUGGGGGCCACCCUGAGCCACGUCCUACCAAACGGCUCAGAGGCACCAAUUGCAUUUUUUUCAAGAACUCUAUCAAAAAUAGAAAGAAACUAUAGCCAUUUAGAUAAGGAAGCCCUUGCUAUUGUCUCUGCAAUUAAAAGGUUUCAUGAAUAUGUUUAUGGGAGACCAUUUUCUAUUAUAACGGAUCAUAACCCACUACUUGGGAUUCUGGCGGGCGACAAACCUACUCCACACAUUCUCUCCCCCAGAAUGACGCGAUGGUCGGAAUUUCUCACUGCCUACGACUAUCAAUUAAAGUAUUGCCCGGGGAAAUCUAUUCCUCACGCAGAUGCCUUGAGCCGCUCACCACUACCUGAGCCACAGGAAAACCCAGCUCCCACGCUCCCAGUACUUCAAAUAGAGACAAUGCCCUCACCUCCACUAACGGCCCAAGACAUCGCCUUUGAAACCAAAAGAGACUCUUGUUUGGCACGAGUUCUUGGCUGGGUGGAGAGGGGAUGGCCAGAUUAUGACCCUAAGGAAAUAUUUAAGCCAUUUAAAAACAGACAAACAGAACUUUUUUCACAAAGAGGGUGCAUAUUGUGGGGAGACCGAGUUGUUGUACCAACUAAGUUACAAAAAAGGAUCCUGCAAAUGCUACACAAUGGACACCCAGGCAUUGUGCAUAUGUGGCCAGGUAUGGACAAACAAAUCGAAACCUGGGUCACCUCUUGUAACAGAUGCCAGGAAAACCACUCAGCCCCACCAAAAGCUCCACCAGCAGAAUGGGAAACACCCAGAGGUCCCUGGUCUCGCAUUCAUAUUGACUUUGCGGGACCUACGAGAGGCCACACUUUCUUAAUAACUAUAGAUGCGUAUUCUAACUGGCUUGAGGUCAAUAAAAUGAAAGCAACCACUACUGAGGCAGUCAUCAAAAAACUGAACAGACUCUUUGCCACACAUGGCCUACCAGAUGUCCUGGUCUCUGACAAUGGGCCCCAAUUUACUGCCUUAGCCUUUGAACAGUAUUUAGCAGAACGGGGCAUCCGACAUGCAAUCACAUCGCCAGCUCAUCCUGCGGCGAAUGGUAGGGCUGAA